AAUCAUUUUUGAUACAGUAAUAACUAUUCUCCAUUUUGGGGACUACUUUCUCCAACACUCCAAAAUAUAUAUUUAUAGAUCUUGUUUAGCGAGGGUGAGUGGGGGGCAGGGAGGGAAUCCAUUGUUGGAAGGAUUUCUGAAACUCCCGUUGAGGACCAAAAGAAAGCUGGUCAUAAAAUGGGGAUGAUGAUGGUGACAGCAGCUAUUUUAACUUACUGCUGUUUUAGAGAUACCCUAAUUGGGGUCAGGAAAUUAAAAAAAAUAACCAAACUGGCCAAAGGCCUUAUGGUUUUAAAGCCAACAAAGUAGCCGUUUGGAAAACAGAAGAACACCUGACAAAGGACAGAAAUAAUUGGCACAGGGAGAUACUUGGCCUUAAUCUUAUUCAUAUUUCCUAGGAGGUAAGACUGAGAUGAUUCUUCAGAAAUUGCCAGCCUCCUUGUGAAAGUCCUCCUUUCUUUCCAGGUUUCUAAGUCCCUUAAUAGUGUUGUAACUUCAGGCCUAAUUAUUUUCCCAUUGUAUUUUGAAAUUACUGUCAAGUUUGCAGAUUUCAAAAGUGUGUAUCUACUGUCUUUUUCUUUUCUUUUCUUUUCUUUUCUUUUCUUUUCUUUUCUUUUCUUUUCUUUCCUUUCCUUUCCUUUCUUUUCUUUCUUUCUCCUAAUUUGGUUUUAUUGGUCUUCUGUCUCAAGAUGGGGUGACUUAAUUGCUCCCCACCUUCCUGCGAGAUUCAUUAUAACAACAGACUGAAGUUACAAAGAUAUCAUUUGGGGAGUUAAAAGACUAACAACAGGGGGAAAUUUUUAUUGGAAUAAUUUCCUCUCUUCAAAGCAGCAGCUAACAUCCUCAGAGAGAUUUCCUUUGAAUACCCCCACUGACAACAAAUAAAGAGCAGCAGCAACAACAAUUGUGUCGGAGAAUCACCGUUUCCUGUUUGCUUCAGAUCUGAGGAUUAAAUUAACUGAAUUAUAUUGUCUGGAUCAUCUUGAAUAGAAGGGGUUUUGGGGAAUUUUUUUUUUUUUUAGCCAUUCUCGAGGAUGUCGAUGCAUGCACACACUCUCUCACACACGUAUACAUACCUUUCAUUAGAAACAGGGAAGAGAAAUCAUGCAACUCCGUUGGAUUUCAGUUGCCCAUUGGGUUGUGCUGGAAAAUGUUCCCACAUGCUUUGGGCACCCUCGUUUUAUUGCUUUUGACUCGGGCAUGAAUGGAAACGGUUAACUGAGACCGAAUCUCUUUUUCGCCAGUUUGUUUCUAAACAGGCAGAUUCUCCCUUUUGGAGACGGUUGUCAAGUCCCCACUUUUAAGCGUUUCUUAGACACCACCUCUAUACCACGCGGUUUCUUUGCUUUCGUCUCUGCGGCUGGGCUGGGACAGAGACCAUAAGCUCAUGGCAAGAGGGUGAAUGAACCGGGAAGCGUGGGGGGGGGGGAGGAGAGGGGGAGCUUCUCCUGGAUAGACUAUGCGGUUUUUGCAAGAUAAGUUUUCGGCGGUGCCUCUUUGCUGUAAGCAGUCAGGUACCCGUCGCUGGGAGUCUCUCCCUGGCGUCAUUCAUUCAUUUAGGUGGGAAAACUCCGCUUGACCUAAGGACUGACGACCACCCAUUUCCUCCCCGGGGUGGGGGGAAGGUUACCCAAGGGCAAUUUCUCCCCGCACCCCUAUUCUCCGUGUUGGCACCGAGGAGAGCGCCCGGUGGCCAGUUGCCAUCUGCUAGGCUCGGUGGCGUCGGAGGUGUGUGUGUGUGUGUGUGUGUGUGUGUGAGAGAGGGGGGGGGGGGGGGGGGGGUUGUUUGGAACUUUGCUGGCUCGGUAGCGGCGGAUCCCAGGGGAGAAGGCCGUCCGCCGCUCGCUCAUUGGUCGCCGUGCCAUCAGCUGGUGCGAUUUGCUGCUGUCGCUUUUGGCGCUCGGCCAUCCAGAAACAAACCACUCGCAUGACUACUAAUAGUUAUAGCCAGAUGUACUAAUACACAACAAAUCAAGGUCCGGGAUCUGGGGAGCGUCCAUGAGUUCCUAUUUCGUGAAUCCCGCUUUCCCGGGAAGCUUGUCGAAUGGACAAGAGUCCUUCCUGGGGCAGAUCCCCCUCUAUCACCCCGCGGCUGGCUACGAGGCUCUAAGGCACUUCCCAGCUUCUUAUGGGGCCGGCAGCCUGCAGGAGAAGCCCUAUUCCUCCCCUAGCUUCUUCCAACAGUCCAGCCCCAACACGGUCAUCGCCUGCAACCGGGCAGCCUAUGAUUAUGGAGCCUCUUGCUUCUACUCGGACAAGGACCUGGGCGGUGCCUCAUCACCCUCCGGCAAUGGCAAACCAAGGGCCAGCAACCCCGGGGACUACUUGUCCUGUUUUGCCUCUGACCAGCAGUACAAGCCCGAAAACGGGGCAGCCAAAAUCCUAAACGAAGAAAACAGCGACCGGAAGUACACCAGCCCUGUUUACCCUUGGAUGCAAAGGAUGAAUUCGUGUGCUGGCUACAUGUGCCUCCUGGUCAUUCAAAUUGUCAGGGUUUAGGUACAGAAGUAUCUCUCCCCAAGUUCUCAAAUACUCAGUGAAAAAAAGCGCUUAAGGUAAGUUAUGUGCGCAAGUUGCUUAAGUUUGUUUUUGCAGUAGAGAACUCAGCUAUACUUUUGCCUUACUCCUUGUUUUUGGACCUCACAGUAUUUUGAAAUAACUCCAAUAAUCUCUUCAAGGUGCUACUUUAAAGACAGGGUGAUUUUUCCAAUCUGCCCCAAAUCCUAUAUAAUUUGAACUUUUCUGGAGUUGAGUUAAUACAUAUAAGAACAACAAAUUUUAUUGUCAUCUUAAUCAAACAUUCUCGAAGCAAGAAAAGCAAAAUAAGAGUCUUUGGCAGAGAUGGAUUUUGAGGCCUAACUUUAUGUUGGCUAAAGCAAAUGAUAAUGACUUCCUUUGCUCCAUGAAGGGUCUUUGUUUGUUUGUUUCUAUAAAUUGUAUUUAUGGGAAGAAGAGUCCUCAAGCCAAUUUAAAAAGAAAGAAUGGGGGGAGGAGAAUGGUUUUGGCUAUAAACUUGUUGGAAGGAUCAACAACCCCAUUGUUAUUGGCAUGUCUGGAAUAUUUUCAUCUAGAUGAAAUAUUUACAUAUAACAAUAAAGGUGUUUUAGUUGAUUUUAAA